AUGAUCACUAACCCAGGUCCACUGCGCGUCGCCUACUCGCCGGACUACCUCGACUGGCUGUACCGCGCGUACCGGUCGAAGCUCAAGUACACCGACGAGCGCAAGAAGGCGGAAGAGGUGUUCAACGGCCUCCUGCUGACGAGCCAGGCUGAUGAGAAGGGGCCCGCCGCUGCCGCUGCGCUGCCUGGCGCCCCACCGCCGGGGCAGACGCUGCGUCCGCGCCACUCUGUGCAGCGGCAGGCAGGCGAGGCACGGCGAGCGGCCGCCCAGGCGAAGCUGGACGCUCUCGCAAAGCAGCAAGGCAUGCUGGAUCUCUUUGAGCGGCAGCCGCAGUUUCCUGCAAUUCACAUUGACAAGGCCGCCCGCUGCCACGUGGUGGAGCUGUUCAAGGAGAUGGUGCUGGACCGCGCCUGGAAGCCGGAGGAGGUGUGGGACAAGGCACUCCUGUACCGCGCGAUUCUGGCGGAGCGGCAGGCAUCGUACCCCGCCUCGUACCGGUACAUCCUGGACACAGUGCAGGCGGUGAGUUUAGCACCACACGAGAGCGGCAGCAGCGAUACGGGUAGCAACAGCAGCAGCGUCGGUGCGCGCUCCUCGAACGAAUCUGCGGGUGAUAUUGUCGGCGAAUCUACCUUGGUCAUUCCGAGAGAAGAUGACUACAUGUACUUUGUGUACCUGGUCCGGCGGUACUUCAUUGAUAACGCGGUAGAGGGGCACGUUGUGCUGCGCUGCCACCGCGAGCCGAACGCGUCAGAGCUGCUCUUCUCCCACCCGCCGCCGAAGGAUGAGCAGGAGGUGCUGCGGAGCCUCUACGGUCCGGGCUGCGCAACAGCUACACAGGGAAAGGACGCGUCUGCCAGGGCCCAAGAGGAGGCAGCGGCGGCACCGAAGCAAAGACCGUCAGGAGCUGCCACCAUCGCCCGCCCACGGCCCCCGUCUUCUUACCCGCCCAUCGAGGCGCUGUGGCGCUGCGAGGAAAACGAAGCACUGUUACGCGUGCUGGUCUUCGGCGAGCUGAACCUGCUCGUGUCAGAGAACCCCUUUGUUCGCUUCCCCAAAGCGCAGGCGUAUCUGACGCGACCGUCAGCAAGCACUCCAGCGCCUGGCGCCGCGGGAAGCUCCGUGGAAGGGGCGGACACCUAUGGCGGGCCGCACCAGCAGCGUCGUGGAGGCGGCCACCGUGGCAUCGGCAGUGAGGGUGGCAUCUCCCUGUCGAGCAUGAUCGCGGAGAAGCGCGGCCAUCUUCUUGCGCCGCUGUCUCGUAACGUGGCAGUGAUGAUCGACAGCCGCGCCAACGAUGUUCGCCGCCUGCAGCAGCGCUACGAACGCGAGGACACUGCGUCGUUCCAGAAGAUGCUCCGCGGCAGUGCACAGGUAGAGGAGAACCCCGGCCUCUACUCUGCCUACUCGGACUGGAGCUACUUUAACCCACGAGCCGUACGCGCCGAGGAGCGCGAUGCGCUGUCGCGGCAGACCGUUGCGGCCCUCAAGACUUAUGACGAAGCCUCCAGAGACAUCUAUCGCGUUGGAUUCGAGGAGGCGGAGGCAAGAAGCGCCAUCCGUCCAGUGGAGGGGGUAAACAACGCGCCAUCGUAUGUGCCCACACUGCCGCACUUCGUGGCGCUGGUGAAGAAGGACCCCCACGUGUCGUUUCUGAGUCACGUGGCGCUGCCAGAGGAGUAUAGCACCACCUCCCAUGCCGCCGCGAGAGUCUCGGAGAAGCACCAGCUGGAGAAGCUUGUUGUGCAACUGGCUCGCGCGCUCUAUCGGACGGCGCUUGAGUUUCACAAGGAGCGAUUACGUCGCGUGAACCGGCAGAAGGUGCAAGUGGCGGCGUCGCUGCUGGACCGCUUUGUAACGGAGCGCUGGCGGGCACACUGCGUGGCGCACCCGUCGUCAGAGGGUGUACGCGACAUGGCACGGCGCUUCAGUGCCUAUGUCCCUUUCGAGGGUCGCAUUCUUGACGAGAGCGGAUUCCCAACGGACGCACGUGUGGAGGACUACGGGCGGUGGAUGGCGGCGCCGUCAGUGUAG